AUGUAUGUCACGAUCAAAACAUCGCAACGGACCUUUAUUACCGACCCUGAGGGAUGGCUAGGUCAGAGCUUAUAUUUCAAGGCUCUUUUCUCUGAGAAAUGGGACAAAAAACAGGAGGAUGGCUCAUACUUCAUUGAAAGUGACGCAAACAUCUUCGAACACAUCCUUCGGUACCUCCGUACUGGUGUUCUUCCAGUUUUUUAUGAUAGGCUGACGGGUCACGACUUCCCGCUGUACCAGGCUCUACUGGAGGAAUCGAAGUACUUCGCCAUUGAUAGGCUACAAAAGUGGUUAUGCGAGCGAAAAUAUCUAGACGCUGUUAAGAUCCAUUAUCUCGCUACCGAGACUCAAGAUCGAGGAUCUUACAGAAAACACACUACCAAUAUGCCCGAUGGUCGCACAUUUAUGGUCGAAGAUCGCUUUGUUGAGAUUACGACAAGCAGCAACACGGAGACCACGAUGGUUCCCGUGACACGACAACGGAACUCAUUUUAUUGCCCUGACGCAAAGCAUGGUAAAAGUACUGAAGAAUACUGUAGGAGCUGUAUCGGCCGGGCAAGGGACGGCGGAAUCUCUGUCUCUGGUGGGUGGAGAACGGAGGACCAACUCAUGUGGUGUAUCGUGCGAAAAGAAGUCGUUUUCGACCACGAUCUCUGCGUCAAUGCAUUUUUGGAAGAUGAUUAG